CCGCUAGGGGGCAGUAACACCGUCGCCUGAUUUUUGGGAUGCACCGCAUCCUCUAAUUCCGAACGAACCACAUCCAACUUCAGAAAGCCAGAGAGCAGAGAGGCAGAGGCGCAAAUCUGCUAGCAUGACCAUAAACACGUUAAGUCAAGGCGGCAACUACAAAGUGCAAAUGCCGUGCUUCACAAAGAUGGAGCGAGUUAUUGUGGCCAUGCAGGACCCCGACAUGGGGAUAAAGAUGCGAAACCAGCGCCUCUUGAUAACUGUGAUCCCUCACGCGGUGACAGGAAAUGAUAUCGUGGAGUGGCUGAUUCAGAAGUUUUCUAUCACCGAGGAGGAGGCCUUGCAUGUGGGCAACCUCAUUGUGAAGUUCGGCUACAUUUACCCUCUGAAGGACCCCAAGACCCUCAUCCUCAGGCCUGACGACUCUCCCUACCGCUUUCAGACUCCCUACUUCUGGACAACUAAUAAAUGGCCCGCAUCAGAGCUGGACUAUGCGAUUUAUUUGGCAAAGAAGAACAUCCGAAAGCAAGGAGAGCUCGUCGACUAUGAAAAGGACAACUACAAUCUGCUGCAUAAACGGAUUAACCACACCUGGGAUUUCGUGGUGAUGCAAGCCAGGGAACAGCUCAGGGCUGCAAAGCAGAGAAGGAAGGGUGAUCGGAUCGUGCUGGAAUGCCAGGAGCAGGCCUACUGGCUUCUCAACAAACCUCCACCUGGGGCUCUGGACGUGUUGGAGCGCGGCCCUGAACGAAGGAACUGCCUCAACUCGCGUGUCCAGCUGAAAAAAAAGAACAGCGAAUACUACAAGAAAGAGAUUGAGCACAGCAGAAAAGCCCUGAGCCGAACGCGAGUCAAGUCCUCCAUCUGCCUGGAGGGGUUUGUCAAGUACAGCGAGCUGUACCACUGCCAUGAUCCCAUAAUGCAAGGCUGCCUUCCCAGUAACCCCUGGAUAACAGACGACACCAUGCACUGGUCUAUGAACGCAGACCUGGUGGCCACGCCUACCAAGAUGAGAGUGGAGCGCUGGGGCUUCAGCUUCCCGGAGCUGCUCAACGACCCUCUGGGGCGAAGAGAGUUCCACCAGUUCCUGGAGAAGGAGUUCAGCGCUGAGAAUCUGUGUUUCUGGGAAGCCUGUGAAGACAUUCGACAUGGAGAGAGUUCAAAGAUAGCGCAGAAGGUGGAAGAGGUGUACCAGCACUUUCUGGCUCCUGGUGCCAGCAAGUGGGUGAACAUAGACAGUAAAACCAUGGAGAAGACACUGCAGGGGGUCAAAACUCCUCACCGCUACACUAUGGACGAGGCGCAGAUGCACAUCUACUUCCUGAUGAAAAAAGACUCGUAUCCAAGAUUUUUAAAAUCGGACCUGUACAAAAAUCUGCUGGCCAGAGCAAUUGUGCCGCAGGAAACAAAGAAAAGCGUUUUUCCGUUCAUGAGGAGACAGCGCCACUCCAGCCCCAGCCCCGCGCUGGUCUCGCAGCCCGCCGAGGAUGAUGGGAAGAGCAAGGCCGCGCCCUCCUCCUCCGGAACUGUCUCCCAGCUGUGCCUGUGUUCUCACCCCCUGCUCAUGUUCUCCAUCUCCAGCCCUGGUGACGCCCCCAGCUGGGCACCGGCCACAGUGCCCCCCCAGUGCCCCUCUCCCAGAUACAAAGGCCCCAAAAGGUUCUCUCUCUCUCUCUGCUUGCUCCUCACACCCACCACGUUCACCUCCAGUGUCUGCCUGCUGUCUCGCUCUCUCAAGCUCCUGUUUGCUCCACGCUGGCAUGAAGUCCAUCAGUCUGGCCUCCAGCUGCCCCUCGCUAACACCCCAGCCCCUCCACCCCCAGCACACUGUCCCGAAGGAAGGCCAGCAGCAAUGUUGCACAUCACUUUUUUCUUGCAUGCUUACCUGCUUCUCAUUUAUUCACUCACAGAAAUGAGCCUUUCCGGACAGUGCUCGUAAACUAAAAGCCCUCUUUUGCCAGUUGAGCUUCAAGUUCCAGUUGACAUUUCCAUUUGUCCCCAUCAGAGGGCAGUGAAUGUUCAUGCCAGCAUUUCCUCUCUGGGGUCUCAGGGUCAUUCCCAAUUCUGCCAACAAGGACCCCCCAAACCAGACCAUCGGCACCCCAGUUCCCACCCCCAUGACUUUCCUGCUCUAAUGCUGAUCUUAGGACACAGUGUUGCAAUAUCAGUCGGUUCAAGCUGUUGGGAGAUUAUAAAUUACCCUUAAAUCUUGUAACCUGAAACCUGCACUUUGCUGGAAGCUGAAAAUAAAAUGUUACAAUUGAA